AUGGACCCGGACUGUGCUAUAUGUCAUGCACCGGCCGCCCUCGCUUGUGAGUGCGAAGCGAAGGGCCUGGAGGUGGCCAUCAAGCAGGCUGAGGCUCGUAUGAUGCAGUCCAUAUACAAUGACAUACGCUCGUGGGUGCGCGCUCACGCACAGGACUACAUACUCGCGUACUACCGGUUGAUGACGGAACGACGCAAGCAGGCGCACGCACAACAUGUGGAGCGCCUAAGGGCUCACGCAUACCACUACUACGGCGCCGCCCCGCACCCCAACGAGCUUGCCGCUGCCCAGGCGCAGCUGAAGCGAGGCAUUGAUGAAGAUUGGCAGGCGUCGGUACAACGCUAUCCAGAAGUGCUUGAGUACUUUUUCAGCCUGGUUGAAUUGACCCUGCCUGACGACAACGAACCCGCCGUCAAAGACCCGCCCCUGAGUGCCCUGAGCGGCUCGCGCAAAGCAGCGCGGCGAGUUGGCGCUCCCACCACCGUUGCCAGCGGACCCAGUCUUACUGCGCAUGAGAGAGACAUGCGAGACAUGCGAGACAUGCCCCUGCCUCGAGGACGCACGCCGCCGCCGCUUGAGCCACUACGGGAGAGAAGGACGCCAGGGCCACAGCGGAGGGCGUCCUACCGGGCACCGCCGCCGCCG